GUCCUCUUUUUUGAUUGUUGAAAUAUGGUAACCCUAUUAUAGGCCCAUAAUUUUUUCAGGAAUCUUGUAGUUUUGAAUGAUCAAGAAGAAAUUACCCUCAAUAUGCAGGAUGAAGAAUGGACACCUCUGGCCCAAUAUUUUGCAGUUCUUCCCUCAGAAGAAACAGAUCUCUUGGCAUGAUUCUCAGUGGUUUUGUGUAAGCCAGGGGAAGUGGUGGGGAGGAAGAUCCUAUAUCCCUGGAAAUAAGUUUUCUUUCUCCUAUCUGCAUCCAUGACUCAAUCCAUUUCAACAUUUGAAAGAAAAUAUUACUGUAAAGCCAUGAGUUUUGUGAGUCCUUGAAGUUGUUAACUGGUACAAUAUCAUCUUCUGAUUCAUCAGUGAAUUCAGAGAGCCAAAUUUAUCACUGGUAUGUCUCCACUGCCUUCACCUGAGUUACAACAGGGUUGCAUUUGUUCCAGUGUAAGUGACUGUUUAAUAGGAAUGCCAUAUACUUUUAUAAUUUUACAUAAUAUUCCAAAUAUAGACUCAGACUCUUAAGCCUCAAGUAAUAUUUAAGCUUCCCAUUUACUUCUCUUACAAUAGCCCAUUCGAUAUUGCCCAGUACUCACUUAUUUUUAAGCAACAUUCUCUAUAUUUUCCAGUUUCCUAUUAAAUAUUUUCCUAUUAAAUAUUUUUUUAAUUUAAAGUUUGAAAGAGAAUGAGUAUCUGCUAUUUUCAUUUUAUUGUUAGCACUGUAGUACAAGCAUUUCUCCUCUCCUUGACACAUAACUUAACUGAUUAUAAUCAGUUUAAGUUCCCCACCACAGUAGAGCUGAAGAACUCGGAUAGCUAUAUCUUAUUUGAGAGCAGGGGUUUUUCCAUUGUCUUGCGAGGAGUGCCUGCAGUACUUUGAUUUGUCGUGGAGGGCCCUUGGGUUGGAUUAGAUCCGUGAUUCUCAAUCUAUUUUCCACUGUGGGCCGCAUAUGUAGCUCCAUGUGUUAUGUGGGCUGCAACCACACAAUAUAUAUGCUAUCUGUAUGGCCCCAAGAACGUCACAUGGGCUGCAACUGUGUGCUGAUUGGGCUGCAAGUGGCCCACAGGACACAGGUUGAGAACCACUGGAUUAGAUCCACACCCCAUUUAGUCUUAAUCCAUCCCUAGAGAAAGCAAACCAGUGAAAGGACUCUGACAGACGUGCGCAGGCUGAAAUUGUGGACAAACAAUAUCACUUGUCCCAUAACCUCAGCCGUACAAAAUGCAAUGCCAUCCACAGCCUCAGAAACAACUCUGACAUUAUAAUCAAAGGGGCUGACAAAGGAGGUGCUGUAGUCAUAAUGAACAGGUUGGAUUAUGAACAGGAGGCUGCCAGGCAAUUCUCCAAGACCACAUUCUACAGGCCACUAUCCUCUGAUCCCACUGAGGAAUACCAAAAGAAACUACACCAUCUACUCAAGAAAUUCCCAGCUACAGUAUAUUUACAUGGACAGCCCCUCAGAACCCCGACCAGGGGUAUUCCAUCUGCUACCCAAGAUCCAUAAACCUGGAAAUCCUGGACGUCCCAUCAUCUCUGGCAUUGGCACUCUUACAGCAGGAUUAUCUGGCUAUUUGGACUCUCUUCUCAGACCCUACACUCCCAGCUAUCUUCGAGACACCACCGAUUUCCUGAGGAAACUACAAUGCAUUGGUGUUCUUCCUGAAAACACCAUCCUGGCCACCAUGGAUGUAGAAGCACUUUACACCAAUAUUCCACAUGAGGAUGGACUACAAGCUGUCAGGAACAGUAUCCCUGAUGAGGCCACAGCAAGCCUGGUGGCUGAGCUUUGUGACUUUGUCCUCACCCACAACCACUUCAGAUUUGGGGACAACUUAUACCUUCAAGUCAGUGACACUGCUAUGGGUACCUGCAUGGCCCCACAGAAUGCCAACAUUUUUAUGGCUGACUUAGAACAAUGCUUCCUCAGCUCUCGUCCCCUAGUGCCCCUCCUCUACUUGUGCUACAUUGAUGACAUCUUCAUCAUAAUGACCCACGGAAAGGAGGUCCUUGAAGAAUUCCACUUGGACUUCAACAAUUUCCACUCCACCAUCAACCUCAGCCUGGACCAGUCCACACAAGAGAUCCACUUCCUGGACACUACAGUGCAAAUAAGUGAUGGUCACAUAAACACCACCCUAUACUGGAAACCUACUGACCGCUAUACGUACCUACAUGCCUCCAGUUCCAUCCAAAACACAUCACAUGAUCCAUUGUCUACAGCCAAGCUUUAAGAUACAACCGAAUUUGCUCCAACCCCUCAGACAGAGACAAACACCUACAAGAUCUUUAUCAAGCAUUCGUAAAACUACAAUACCCACCUGGGGAAGUGAGGAAACAGAUUGACAGAGCAAGACGGGUACCCAGAAAUCACCUACAACAGGACAGGUCCAACAAGGAAAAUAACAGAACACCACUGGCCAUCACAUACAGCCCCCAGCUAAAACCUCUCCAGCACAUUAUCCACGAUCUACAACCUAUCCUGGAAAUUGAUCCCUCACUCUCACAGACCUUGGGAGGCAGGCCAGUCCUCGCUUACAGACAACCCCUCCAACCUGAAGCAAAUACUCACCAGCAACUACACACCACACCACAGAAACACCAACCCAGGAACCAAUCCCUGUAGCAAACCUCGUUGCCUACUCUGUCCCCAUAUCUACUCUGGUGACACCAUCAGAGGACCCAACCACAUCAGCCACACCAUCAAGGGCUCAUUCACCUGCACAUAUACUAAUGUUAUGUGCCAUCAUGUGCCAGCAAUGAUGUGCCAUCAUGUGUGCCAUCAUGUGCCAGCAAUGCCCCUCUGCCAUGUACAUUGGCCAAACCGGACAGUCCCUCUGCAAAAGAAUAAAUGGACACAAAUCGGACAUCAGGAAUGGUAACAUACAAAAGCCAGUAAGUGAACACUUCAAUCUCCCUGGUCAUUCUAUUACAGAUUUAAAAGUCACUAUUAUUGAACAACAACAAAAAAUAAAAAACUUCAGAAACAGACUUCAAAGAGAAACAGCAGAACUAAAAUUCAUUUGCAAAUUUAACACCAUUAAUCUGGGCUUGAAUAGGGACUGGGAGUGGCUGGCUCAUUACAGAAGCAGCUUUUCCUCUCCUGGAAUUGACACCUCCUCAUCUAUUAUUGGGAGUGGACUACAUCCACCCUGAUAGAAUUGGCCCUGUCAACACUGGUUCUCCACUUGUGAAGUAACUCCCUUCUCUCCAUGUGUCAGUAUCUAAUGCCUGCAUCUGUAACUUUCACUCUAUGCAUCUGAAGAAGUGAGGUUUUUACCCACGAAAGCUUAUGCCCAAAUAAAUGUUAGUCUUUAAGGUG